AUGGCGACGGUCCUCACCACCCCCUUUGUCCAGCCAAGCGGGUGUACCUUGGCCGUCGAGCUCACCACCAUCACGACCAGCGCGCUGGGCACGCCCACGACCAUCACAGUCCUGGCAUCUAAUGCCGCAGCCCCAGGGUUUCCCUCGUGCCAGCCCUCCGGAUGGAAUACAGGCGCCAAAUAUGACGAUCUGUUCACCUUCAGCCCCGCCGUCUGUCCGCAGGACUGGACGUAUUUCGAAAUGUCGUCGACAAAGCACUACUCCGCGGCAUACUGUUGCGCCAGCGGUUUCGGAUUCAGUGGCGAAUGGUACGCCCUGCCGACAUCUGCUCUCACCCCGGUGUGUGCGCGGACGUUCAGCGCCGGGGAAACGACGAUCACCGCCCCACUGGUAUCGCGCACAGAUGCCACAGGCACCUUCACGGAGGGAGUGAUCGUUCAUCGCGCAUGGCACGUCACAUGGGCUGAGUCGGACACGGCGACCAUGUCCCCCUCGUUGCCACCGUUGACGUCGGGCAAGUACCUCGCCAGAUGGGAGCCCGGACAGGCGGUCCCUGACGGGUGGUAUGACCGGCACAACGGGGAUAAUAGCGGCAUCAGGGGAUGGAGCUCGCUGCUGUAUUUCACGGAAAUCGGCGUGCCGCUUAUUGGGGUGGCUAUUCUGGCUUGUGGGGCGUGGCUUUGUAUCCGGAGGCGCAGGAAACAUCGUGCUAGACAGGCCGCGGGGAAUAUAGGGCUCCGGCCAAAAUGA